AUGGCAACGAUGGCUGGCGGCGAAUAUACUUCUGUUAAGGAUUUUUAUAUGGGGAGAUCUAUUUUCAUCACCGGGGGCACUGGUUUCAUGGGAAAAGUACUCGUCGAGAAAUUACUGAGGUCAUGCUCUGGGAUUAAGAAUAUUUAUUUACUUAUGCGACCUAAGAAGGGGCAGAGUGUGCAAGAAAGGCUACAGGAGCUUCUUAAUGCACCACUAUUCGAUAAACUGCGCCGUGAUAGUCCACAUGAACUGACGAAAAUAGUACCGAUAGGUGGUGACGUAACUGAACCAGAACUUGGAAUAUCAGCAGCUGAUCGUGAAACAUUAACAAGAAAUGUAUCGAUUGUAUUUCAUUCAGCGGCGACUGUUAAAUUUGAUGAAGCACUUAAUCUAUCGGUUAUGAUCAAUAUGUUGGGCAGUCAACAACUGGUACAUCUAUGCCAUCGAAUGGAUAAUUUGGAGGCGCUUAUUCACGUGUCAACGGCUUACUGCAAUUGUGACCGUAAAGAAGUCGAUGAAGUUAUUUAUCCACCGCCUCAAGAUCCCGAGCAAGUUAUCAACUGCACCAAGUAUAUAAAUGACAAACUAGUCGAAGAAUUAACGCCUAAGUUAAUUGAAGGUCGACCAAAUACCUACACAUUCACCAAAGCGCUUGCAGAGACUAUGUUACAAGAUCGUUGUAGUGGAUUGCCGGUUGCUAUUGUCAGACCCUCAAUAGUCUUGUCAUCGUUACGAGAACCGAUGGCUGGAUGGGUUGACAAUUUAAAUGGUCCCACUGGGAUAAUUGCCGCUGCUGGCAAGGGAUUCUUUAGAACGAUGUUGUGUCACGAAGAAAAGGUAGCAGACUUUGUACCGGUAGACAUAGUGAUAAAUUUGAUGAUAUGCGCGGCCUGGAAAACUGCAGCAGCACACCGUACAGAUCCAGACACAAUAACAGUGUACAAUUGUUGUACCGGGCAACAAAAUCCAAUAACAUGGAAAGAAUUUAUUGAUUUGUCAUUUAAAUAUAGUAGAAUACACCCAGCAAGAGAUGCAGUGUGGUAUCCGGGUGGUAGUUGCCAAAAGUACUCAUAUUUGAACAAAAUAUUCAUAACAUUUCAGCACAUAUUACCCGCACAUUUUCUCGAUCUCAUAGCUCGAUUGAGAGGUACUAAACCAAUAAUGUUACGUGUACAGGCUAAGUUAACAAAAGCCGCGACUUGCCUCGAAUAUUUUACAACACAACAGUGGAAUUUUAAGGACGACAAUGUACGGAGACUCAAUCAGCAGCUGAGUCCUGAGGACCGUAACACUUUUAUGUUCGACGUUAGGCAAAUCGACUGGCCUUCCUAUUUGGAGAAUUAUAUUAUCGGUAUACGACAGUUUAUACUCAAAGAGAGUCCGGAGACACUGCCAGCUGCGCGUUCACAUAUUAUGAGAUUAUAUUGGCUUCAAAAAGUGAUACAAAUUGGCACAGUAGCACUUGUAUUACGUCUUCUUCUGUCCCGUAGCUCAAUCGCAAGAUCCGCGUGGUUUAUGCUUCUAUCCAUAGUACUCCGUAUGUGCCGUAUGAUUGUUUGA